AUGUCCGAAUUGUUGUGGGCCGAGGAGCAGAGGACGGCGGAAACGGCGAUAACCGUUGAUCGUGCGAGCUACUCUAUGAAAACUCCACAAAACAAUAUUAACAGUCGAUCAGCACCUCGUGACUACGAUCGUCCAUUUCGCGUCUUCAAUGAUCCUUAUUUGACGCGGCAGUUUACGACUUUGUCUAUAAAUCCACUCGAUUCGAAUUUGGGAAUUAUGAGCACUGAUAAUUUUCAACGACGUGAUAUAUUCGAGAUCGGAGUUAGGGAUCCGAGCGAUAUAAUUUUAUCUGAUCGUCUAUCAGAUGGAACAGAUUAUGUUCCAUCCUUCAGUUAUGGAAAUAAUAGAAAUGAUAAUAGUGGUUCAAGUCAAAGUUUUAAUUAUUUGGCCAGUGCAACCCACAUCAUGAACAGACCUUUUACUAGACCUUUCAAUCCGAAUGCAACGCCUUUCAUGCCUUCAAGUCAAUUGAAAUUUAUUUCUAACAACGAUGAUUCCGCUCAAAAUUUGCGAGAUCGCUUAAAAAAACAACUUGAGGAUGAACAGUAUGAAUGUAUGAUUUGUUGUCAAACAAUUAAAGCGAAUCAGUGGAUCUGGACUUGUCAAAAAUGUUUUCAUAUGUUCCAUUUUAAUCAGCUGCAGAAUAAAGGUUGUAUUAAUCAGUGGGCUACGAAAAGCUUCGAAUGUGAUACUGGCUGGCGCUGUCCAGGAUGUCAAAAUAUAUCAUUUGGACUUCCAAAAUGUUAUAGAUGUUUUUGUGGUAAGAAGCGUAAUCCACCUACACAAUGUUUUCCCGAAAUGCCACAUUCAUGUAAUUCUAUUUGUGGAAAAAGUAGAACAGUUGGUUGCCCUCAUCCAUGCUCUGAAAUAUGUCACCCGGGUCCAUGUCCUGAGUGUCCAAUUAUGUCUAUGCGCAGUUGCAAUUGUGGCGCUGAAACUAAAGCAUUACGUUGUGGAAUUCUGUCUGAAUUUAAGUGUUCAAAGAUUUGUUCGAAAAUGUUAAACUGCGGAUUACAUAGUUGCAAAUCUAUUUGUCAUCCUGGUGAUUGCCGUACAUGCGAACAUAUAAUUGUACAAUUUUGUCAUUGUGGAUCAGAAAAAAGGUCAGUUUCAUGUGGGCAUUCAGAUAAGGCGAUAAGUUCAUAUAGUUGUGGCUCUGCUUGCAAAGGAUUUUAUGACUGUGGUAUCCAUCGAUGUGAACAAAAGUGUCACGCUAAAAGUUCGAAUGAAAGUUGUGGCUCUUGCAUUUUAUCUGUUGAAAAAAUAAAGUAUUGUCCUUGUGGUCGUACAUUGAUUUCUUCGUUAACUACGAAUAUGCGUGAGAAAUGCACUGAUGCAAUACCUACUUGCGGUCAAAUAUGCGAUAAAUUAUUAAACUGUGGGCCUAAAGAAAGACAACAUCGCUGUAAAGAACUGUGCCAUAUGGGUUCAUGCCCGCCUUGCCAAAAUACAACGUUCAUGGAAUGUAGAUGUAAAGCGAUCAAGAAAGCAAUCCCCUGCAAAGAAGUGAUUCUUUAUUCAGGUGCAGCUACUGUUUCAAAUAUUACUAUGUAUAAAUUUUUUUCUGCACACGUUAAAGUGACGUUUAUAGAAUCCAACCCAUUUUUGUGCGAGCGAUAUUGCAAGAAAACGAAAUCGUGUUGGAAUCAUAGAUGCCAAGAAGUCUGUUGCAUCGAUAAAGAACAUUUAUGCCUGCAGAUGUGCAAUAAAUUACUUAGUUGUGGUAAUCACAACUGUGAUCGUCUUUGCCAUCGUGGAAAAUGUCCAGUUUGUUUGGUAGCGAGUUUCGAAGAACAAUACUGUUUGUGUGGAGCCACUUUUCGUGAGCCACCUGUUCCUUGUGGAGCUCCUCUUCCUUCUUGCGAUCAGCUUUGUUCACGUGAACACGCUUGUGAGCAUUCUCCAACCCAUAAGUGCCACAGUGAUCCUGAAUGUCCACCAUGUACAGUCUUAACACAAAAGCCGUGUUAUGGAAAUCAUGAGGUGCGUUCAAAUAUCCCGUGCUAUCUAAAUGAUGUUUCGUGUGGAAAGCCAUGUGGUCUUGAUGUGUCUUGUGGUAUUCACAGAUGUCCGCGUAUUUGUCAUCCUGGCUCUUGUUUAACGGGUAAUGAUGUUUGCAAGCAACCAUGUCCAAUACGUCGUAUUGGUGGGGAAAGUUGUGACCAUCCUUGCGCAUUGCCGUGUCAUGGAUCAACUCCUUGCCCGCCAAGUAUUUGUUUGGAGCUCAUUCGCGUAACUUGUUUAUGUCUACGAAAGUCAAGCGAAAUGCGAUGUGUUGAUGUUGAAAAGGUUUAUCGAAAAAUGCUUGCACUUAAAAUUGCCCAAAGUGAAGGUCAGCAACAAACAGAAAUAAAAAUUCUAAAACGAUCAUUAAGUGCAGAUAAAUACAAAUGCCUUCCAUGCGAUGCAGAUUGUCAGCGUAUCUUGCGCAAUAAGCGCAUUGCAAAUGCACUUAAUAUUGCUAUAGAAACUAACUCAACUGAUAUCGCACCGCCGAUAUACACUGAUUUUCUUAUAAGACAAUUAACUUUAGCUCACAAACAUGUUCUUCAAAUAGAAAAUGCCCUGAUAAGUCUGGUGAAUGAAGUUGAUUUGGAGCAAUCAUCAACUGUUCGUACGCACACUUUUCAUCCAAUGGUCUCAGAAUUGCGUCGCAUCAUACAUGAAUAUGCUAAGUAUUUUCGUAUUAAAACAGUUAGUCAUGAUGCUGAACCGCAAAGGAACGUAGUUGCAAUUGCUAAGAGGUUAAUUUAUCAGAAAUAUAUUUUAUUUAACACUUAUUUUACUUAUUGA